UGUAAAGUUUCCUACCUUCUGAACACCUUGAUAGCAGGAAGAACUUCAGUCUUUACCCUCCAGAUCUGCUCUGCAACAUGAAAAUAUGCAGAAAUAUGAUCAAGAUGAAGGUUUCUGUGUUUCUACUGAUGUUUCUGUGGAUUCUGACUGUUUCCAGAGGAGAUACUGAUGUGUCCUGUGUUUUCAUGGAGAGAUGCAUCUUACCGUGCAGCUUCCAGGUCGCUGAUCAGAUCAACAUCAGCUGGAUUAAUAUGAAAGGACUUACUGUCCACUCGUGCUCCGGCAACCAAGACCAGUUUGGAUAUCAGCACCAGAUCUACAGAAACAGGGCGUCACUGUUCAAGGACCAGCUCUCCAGAGGAAACGCCUCACUGCAGCUGACAGGAGUGAAGGUUCAGGAUGAAGGAAGAUACAGGUGUUUCAUCAAGACCAUCAAUGGAGAGAAAGCUUCAUUUAUCAACCUGCAGUCCAUGACAUCAACAUCCAGCAGGUAGAAAACAGGAUCACCUGCAGCUCAGAGGGGAUCUACCCUCAACCUGAGCUCACCUGGUCCACCACACCUCCAUCCAACAUCAACCUCCUCUACUCAACCACAGUCCAGCAGAAUGAACAGCAGCUUUACAGCAUCAGUAGUUCUCUGAUCCUCUCACCCAAUGAUACUGAUCUGCUCUACAGCUGCACCAUCAGCACUCCAACAAACAGGAGGAGAGCUGCUUGGAGGAAACUCAGUGAUGAAGACUCAAGUCAUCGAUUAGGACAGCUGUAAAGUUUCCUACCUUCUGAACACCUUGAUAGCAGGAAGAACUUCAGUCUUUACCCUCCAGAUCUGCUCUGCAACAUGAAAAUAUGCAGAAAUAUGAUCAAGAUGAAGGAUUCUGUGUUUCUGGUGAUGUUUCUCUGGAUUCUAACUGUUUCCAGAGGAGAUACUAAGGUGUCCUGUGUUUUCAUGGAGAGAUGCAUCUUACCGUGCAGCUUCCAGGUCGCUGAUCAGAUCAACAUCAGGUGGCAUUCCAUAACAAGAGACUUUAAUGUCCACUCAUUCUACUACAACCAAGACCAGCUUAGAAGUCAGCACCAGAUCUACAGAGACAGGACGUCACUGUUCAAGGACCAGAUCUCCACAGGAAACGCCUCACUGCAGCUGACAGGAGUGACGGUUCAGGAUGAAGGCAUAUAUCAGUGUUACAUCAGCACUGUCAAUGCACCCCAAAUCUCACUGACCAACCUAACAGUUUACGCUCCAGUCCAAGACGUCAACAUCCAGCAGGUAGAAAACAGGAUCACCUGCAGCUCAGAGGGGAUCUACCCUCAACCUGAGCUCACCUGGUCCACCACACCUCCAUCCAACAUCAACCUCCUCUACUCAACCACAGUCCAGCAGAAUGAACAGCAGCUUUACAGCAUCAGUAGUUCUCUGAUCCUCUCACCCAAUGAUACUGAUCUGCUCUACAGCUGCACCAUCAGCACUCCAACAAACAGGAGGAGAGCUGCUUGGAGGAAACUCAGUGAUGAAGACUCAAGUCAUCGAUUAGCGAGUUCAGUCAGUGUUGGCGGAAUCAUGAUCACAGUGGUUGGACCUAUUUUGGUUGCAGCAGCAGCAGUUGGUCUGUGUCUCUACCUUACAACCAAGAAAGGUCAACAAGAAAACAACACAAGAAGAUUUCAAAAAUAUUUGUCUUGUUUGCCUUUGGGCAGCAGACAGGCAGAAAACAGAUCGUUGCCUUCAAGAAUGAAAAGCAGUGCGUCAGGUCUUGUUGUAUGGAAUGAAUAUGAUUAUGACCUGAACCUUGGUGACUGCCUUUCUGGAGAGUCACGGUCAAUACACCUGAGUCUUUCUGAUUGUCAGCAUGAGCUUUUGUCCAUGCAGACUGUUGAUCUGGUGGAAAUGGAGAAAUCAAAUGAAACUGUGAACUAUCCAGUCACCAGCAUCCUUCCAACCCAUCAGCUCCACUUCUCCUCCUCAGGUCCUGGUGGGAGUCCAAGAGGCUCCAGCAUUGUUCCUGGUUCUGUCAGCAUGCCUUCACUGAGUCACAUCACCUCUGCAGGAAACAACAAGCCAACACGAGCAGCAAGUUUACCUGACAUGAAGCUGCAGAGCAGCUUUGAGGAGUUCACCCCUGAUCUGAGUGAAGACGAUGAAGGCUACAGGUUCCAGUGCUCCUGUCCAGGCCUGUACCAGUGCAGCGUGACCGGCCUGGUGUUUGACAUGGAGGGAGAAGGAGACGUGGCUUACAGGACGGUCCCUUGGAACAGGAGGCUCCUGGUCCAACAUCACAAGAGGCCUGCAGGACCUCUGUUUGACAUCAAGUGUCAGCAGCAGUCUGUGCAUCAGCUUCACCUCCCACACUGCCAGAUCCUCCCCACAGCUGGAUUCCUGGCAGUUGCUCAUGUGAAAGAUGACGGCGUGGAGUUCAUCACCCCUCAUAAGAUCACAGAAACUCACCUUGUUAUCAACAUCAUGGGCUUUUCUGGUUUCGGUAUUGUGAAGGACGAAGACUCUCCCCCUGACCCAGUCCGAGCAUUGGUUCUGCUGUUCUACAGGCCACCAGAUGAUCCAGACGUCACAUCUGUCCUCAAUGUCUUGAUGCUGCCUAAAAACGUUUCCCUGCGGGACGUGCAGCGCACCAGGAGGAAGUUAGUUGGAGAUGAGAGGUACAUCGAGACGUCCCCACACUGUAAACUGCUCCCAGAUCAGGUCUACACUCUGUCCACUGCACCUGAAGAUGACUCAGUUCUAGUUCAGCCAACAGAAGCUGAAUUUGAGGAGGACUCCUACGACAACUACUUCCCAAUGUUCCAGGUGUUUAUGGAAACAAAGAUGAAACAUAUGAAGCUGUUUCUGAGAGACAGCAGCUCCCAAAGUGUCUGGGAAAGACAAGUCUGUCUUUCCUCUGCUGGACAAAUAAAGUCCAGUGGAUCAAACCCUCCAAAUCAGAAGCUGCUGGACGUACGGAGCUGCUUCAUCGACGGCACAUCAGGACCGGUUCUCAAUAGUCUUCUGGACAAGCUGCUGGAGAAAAAGGUGUUGACCGACUCUGAGAGGGAGUCAGCAGACGAGGUGAAAAACAGGAGAGACAAAGCUCGUUUUGUUAUCGACACGGUGAGGAAGAAAGGCGACGCUGCCAGUUCAGAGAUGAUGGAGUUUUUCUGUGAGCUUGAUCCCUUCCUCUGUGAACAUCUGGACUUGAUGUGAACCAAAAUGAAUAGAUGAACCAACAGUUUAAUGUGCAGAGGAUCCGGAACACAUCAUCUGCCUAGCUGUACAAAACUUUAUCAUCAGCAUAAAAAUGUACAUUACGACUAGAUUCAGAUGAGACAAUAUCAUCUGCCUAAAGAGUGAACAGCACAGGCCCCAGGAUUGAGCCUUGUGGGACACCUUUUGCAGUUUUUACAAAUUCUGACUGAUGAAGGUUUUAAUAUCUCCAGAAAUAUAACUCCCAUAUCUGUAAAAUUUGGUGUGGACACAGACAAAAUUGUUUCCAGCAUCAACAGAUGGCUCCAGUAGAAUCAACAUUUUUAAUUAUUACCCCUUGAGAAUAAGAAAAAAGUGCAAAAUGAGGGUGAUAUUGGGGUCCCAGUAGUUCCUUUACGUGAAUAUAUGGUCGUUUCAGUUUUUCCUGUUAAAAAUACAGUCUUGGUCAACAUUUAAGUGUUUUCUAUAUUCACAUGUCAAAAUGUUGAUGUGGACUCAUUUGUAGGACGACAAACUGUUUGGAACAGUGGCCUAUAUGUGGGUCAGUUUAUGUCAGACACCAGUGUUGCUCCACCAUCUCCACCAAUAGUUGACCUAUUUGUUAUUUGGUACCCAAAACUAAGUUCUGUAAAAAUAUUUUUGCAAAAUUUUCACAAAAAGGAUUUUCAUUUCUGCUGCAAAUAAUAUCAGUUCAAUUAUAAGUUAGAUGUGUCCUUGAUAAUAAUUGGUAUUGGCCCUGAAAAAAUACAUCAUGUGACCCCUGCAACCCAGAGGAUACCACUGAUUUAUUAUAUAUAUAAUAUGAAGGAAAACUGUUGUCAUGAAGUUAGUUUUCUGGGAUGUUUCAGGAACAUUUCCACCACUUAUUUUCAAUGACAUGGUUUGUUGUAUCAGAUCAGAUUCAGGUCUGCAGAAGCUGCAUUUCAUCCUGAAGGAGAAUAAACAAGGAACACAAUGAAGGUUUAAAAAAGGCUGAUUUGAUGAUUUGAAGUGGAAAAACUGAUAGUAUUUGUAAAACUGAUUAAUUUCAAGCAUCAUUUUAUUUUCAUUAAGCUGUGUCAAUUUUCUCUGUGGUAAUUAAUUUACUGCACAACACAUUUAAUGUGGAUUUUCCUUUUUGGACUUUUGAAAAUCUUUGAAUGAGACAAAACCAAAGGUCAGAGCUGAAUUUCAGGAGUUCUGUUCUGCUGUUGUAGGACUCAGACUGGUUGUAAAUGUGCAAACUGCAUUAUAUUUAUUUUCUUAUUUUACAGUUCUUAUACCACUCCACAGACAAAAUCUGAAGACCGAGGGAAAAGUUAAAAGUAUUCACAGGAUAACGCUAUUUCUUUUACACUGACAAUCAAAGUAAAGAUGGUUUUACCUUAGCUAACAUGUUUCAACUGCAACUGCAGUCUUCUUCAGAGCAUCAUCUGACGUGUGCUGACAUGUCCUUUUUAUCAGGUGACCAGUCUGACAGAUCUGUCUGUGACUGGCGACUGGCCGACUGGCGACUGGCCGGCCACCCCCCGGCGACAUGCUAUACUAUGAUGUUUUAAGAGCGACAUGCUAUACUAUGAUGUUUUUAGAGCGACAUGCUAUACUAUGACGUUUUAAGAGCGACAUGCUAUACUAUGAUGUUUUUAGAGCGACAUGCUAUACUAUGAUGUUUUUAGAGCGACAUGCUAUACUAUGACGUUUUUAGAGGGACAUGCUAUACUAUGACGUUUUAAGAGCGACAUGCUAUACUAUGAUGUUUUUAGAGCGACAUGCUAUACUAUGAUGUUUUUAGAGCGACAUGCUAUACUAUGACGUUUUUAGAGGGACAUGCUAUACUAUGAUGUUUUUUGGACCAAAGGCUAUACUAUGACAAUUUUAGAUUAUAUAUAUUAUAUAUUAUAUAAUAAUAAUAGGAAUUGGGAAUUCUAAAUUCAUUUUCUGCUCAUAUAUCCAACAUACUGGACCUUGACAAGACAAACCUGAUGAGGUUGUGUCAUCACCGGGACAAGACGAGCUCUCCGUUGGUUCUUUAGGGGUUUGAUGAGAGUUUGUGAAGACCUGAAUGGUAGAACUGAUGUAGAGAAAUCAGCAGUCAUCCCCUCCCUCAUCUGCUACUUUUAUGAAGAAACAACAACUAAAUAAUUAUGUUCUGCAUCUAAAAAUAAAAAAGGGGGUUUUCUGAUUCAUCACAGUCUCGAUCAGGGGUGUCAAACAUGCGGCCCGCGGGCCAAAACCGGUCCUCCAGCGGGUCCUAUCCGGCCCGAAUUUGUAAAGUUUAAAAAUUCCAGAGAAGACAUUAACUGCAGAUUGUAAAUGUAUAAAACUAUACAUUUAAAAUCAUUUCUAGACCAUGAAAAGUUGUUUGAUCAUAAAAUAAAAUACUACAUUGUU